CAUAAUAAUGAGUAGGGCUGCAGGAGAGACAUGGACUACAUAAUCAUCUUCAUAUUAUUGUCCAUUCUUACAUGGCUUUAUUUCUUUACGCGCGAAUCGGGCCGUCAAAAGUCGGGUGUCGCCACCCGACUGCCGCCCGGCCCGUACCCGCUUCCAAUCAUUGGAAACAUCUUGGAACUCGGAGACAAACCACACCACUCGCUUGCUUCACUAUCCAAAACUUAUGGACCUUUGAUGUCCUUAAAGCUCGGUAGCACCACCAUGAUUGUUGUUUCGUCAUGUGAAAUCGCUCAAGAGUUCUUUUCAAAACAUGAUAUUUCUUUCUCGAGUAGAUCUGUCCCAUGCGCUAUUAGGGUAAUCGACAACCAUAACACGUCCAUGGUUUGGCUGCCUGUUGGGGACCAGUGGCGACGGUUAAGACGAAUAUGCAAAGAACACUUGUUUUCGGUUCGUCAACUUGAUGCAAGCCGGUUUCUACGCAAGCGAAAGGUCCAGGAACUCCUGGACUUUGUUCAUGGUUGUCGCAUGAGUGGCAAACCGAUCAACAUUGGUGAAACUGCGACUAUAACAACUCUAAACGUUCUCUCCAACUACAUAUUUUCUACUGAUUUAGCUCAGUAUGAUUCUCCAUCUUCUCAAGAAUUUAAGAACAUGGUAUGGGCUGUCAUGGAAAUUUCUGGUGCACCAAAUUUAGCCGAUUAUUUUCCUGUGCUUCGGCCCUUGGAUCCACAUGGCUUGCUACGACGAUCAAAAUUUUACAACAAGAAGCUUUCGGCAAUAUUUGAGCAACAUAUCAGUGAACGGUUGCGUGCUAGAAGUACAAGUUCAUCCGAUGCAUCAACCAAGGAUCUUACCGAUUUGCUAUUGAACAUCAGUAAAGAUCAAAACUCCUCAAUUAGCCUUAAUGACAUAAGACAGUUGCUAUAUGACUUAUUUCUUGCAGGAACCGACACGACAUCAAACACGUUGGAAUGGGCAAUGGCGGAACUAAUGCACAACCCCGAGAAAAUGUUGAAAGCUCAAGCGGAGAUCAAGAAAGUAAUAGGAAAUCAUGACAGAACUUUUGAAGAAUCAGACAUCUCCGGGGUUCCUUACCUACGCGCCGUUAUAAAAGAAACUCUUCGGUUGCACCCUCCUGUUACCUUUUUAGUCCCUCAUAAAGCCAUAACUGAUGUUGAGAUCAAAGGUCACAUGGUCCCAAAAGACGCGCAGAUCAUGUGUAACUUGUGGGCCAUGGGUCAAGACCCGAAUGUGUGGUCAGACCCACAAAGGUUCGAGCCAGAGAGGUUUCUUGAUGUCGAGAUAGACUUCAAAGGUCGUGAUUUUGAGUUCAUCCCGUUUGGUGCAGGAAGAAGGAUGUGUCCAGGAUUGCCUCUUGCGGAUAUUAUGUUGCAUUUGAUGUUGGGAACUUUGAUUCAUAAGUUUGAUUGGAAGAUUGAAGGAGGCAUGAGAACACAAGAUAUGGAUAUGACUGAUAAGUUUGGGUUUACAUUAAAGAAAAAUCUGCCUUUGAUGGCCAUUCCAGUCAAACUUUGACUUCUUUGGGUUGAUGAAAUCAGUACAAGAAACAUGAUAUAUAUAAUGCUAAGUCUAUAAUAACGCGUGAAUGGCUUAGCUGAAUUUUAUGUAUAAAUAAAAGCGUUUGCAAUCGGUUAGUUGGA